GUAAUUGGUAAUUUCCCCCACAAGAAAGAAAAAUCAGCCGUAAAGAAAGAAAAUUCAAUAAAAGAAAAGAAAAAAAGAAUCCCCCCCAAAAAAAUCAAUUUCUUCAUAAAUCAUAAAAUUAAAUUGGAAAAUAUCAAUUCUGAAUUGUGCAUCAUGUCUUGCUGUUUGUGUUGUAAACCUCUAAUUUGGAUCGAACCCAUAAAGAGGAACUCUGCAAUAAUUCCUCUAAGAAGAUUCCAUAGCGUCGUCGUUUCUGGUUUGAUGCAUCAGAGGUUCAAUUUCAAGGUCCGAGCUUCGAUGGUGGAUUCUUCAUCAGAUAGUUCUUCCAAUUUUGCUGAUCGAAUUGAACAAGCCUGGUCAAUUUCUCAGCAACCUACCCCCAUUCCUUGCUCUUCUUGCAGCUCGAAUGGGAGUGUUGAAUGCAAAUGGUGUGCUGGUACAGGAUUUUUCAUUAUUGGUGAUAAUAUGCUUUGUGAAGUUCCGUCCAGAAACACUACUUGUGUUAUAUGUGCCGGAGAGGGUUCAACUCAAUGCAGCAAUUGUCAAGGGACUGGAUUUCGUGCGAGAUGGUUAGGGAAGCCACCAAUCUACAAAGACUAGGGCUGCUUCUGUUGUAAAAAUUCUUGAAAGUAAAAGGUUACAGUGCUUCUUAUUCUGAUUAAAACAACAUCCGAGUAUGAACCACAGUCUCAUAUUUUGUUUGCACCAAAAAAAAAGUUUCAUUAUUUGAUUUGAAAAGUAGAAUUGUUACAUGCGAAGUAUAUAUCAUUUUUUUUUAUAAUCAUAGUGGGCUGCAUUUCUAUGAAGUUCAAACAGAGCCUCAAUUGCACUAUUUCAUUUUGUUAAUUAUCAGUUGUCUUGCAUUUGAUGUGGUGUACCUGUACUGUUCCUGCAUAAAUCUUUGGUAAUGUUCUUUAUACAAUUGACACAUAAAUUUUGUUGUUUUUGCACAGUAGACUCAACAUAUUAGUAUGUUGCUACGAUGUCUCUAUUUGGAGAAAGAUCUGCAAUAGCGAUGUGAAAAAUGAUCGUGUCCCCAACUACUCCAUACUUGUCCAAACUCCAAGAGGGUAAUUCCUAAAAUAGAGAUAUUUUAUCAGGAUGCCUAGAAAUAUAAUCAUGUAGUUUGUAUACUAUUAUGAGACAUCCUUGAAAUAUUGUCACACUUGAUACUCCAGAAGUGGUGAAGCAAGGAUGAGAGACUCGAGCAUUAUAAAUCACGAUAAAUCCUCAUUAGUCAUUACAUUCUUGCCCAUAUUUCAGACGAAGAGAGCAAAUGACUUAUGUAUGGGGCACUCUGUCUCCAAGCUUCUGAAUAGCAGAGAAGUAGCUGCUGUUGUCACCGACAUUAUGAUCCCACAAUCUUAGAUUCAUACCAUUUGUUUGUGCCAGAAAUUUGCAUUCCCUGAUGGAUGGCACUUCAAUUCUUGGCCGAUUCUCUAGUAGACGCCGACUUACAGUGAAAGUUUGAUGUUCUUAAUUAGUCAAUACUCGUAUUGACCUCUCACUCUCUCAGGGCUCUUAAUUUACUGUUUUCUUUAUGAUUAUCAAUCUGUUCAUCCGCAUUAUCGCUUGUCUAAUUUA